CUCAAAUUGAAGAGCAAAAUGGUUACAAGGAAGUGACUCACAAUUUGUUGUUUAGGAAAAGGAUUGGUAUUGCAUGUUCAAAUACAACUUUUUAACGGUGUUAUAAUAAGCAAAAAGCCAUGGCAACUUUUCUAACCAUAAAUAAUGAAUCACACGGCGAAAGCCCUCCACUCGUUUAUAUUUCUGAGCCCAGUCAACAUUUCCACUGCCCUGUCUGUAAAGGACUGUACCAGGAACCAGUAAUAAACAUCGCCUGUGGGCACACAUUUUGCAAACAGUGUUCCAGGACCAUAGAUAAAUGCCCGCUGGAUGACAGUGCAUGUGAGCAACAGCAGAUGGUGGUCAACAGGUUGGUGGUUGGACAGAUAGAGGACCUACUGAUCCACUGUAGAUAUGGCCUGGCCCAGGCGGAGGAUGGAUAUAUUCCAGACCCUGCUGGCUGUCAGGAGCCCAUUCAUUUCGGUGCUCGAGACAAGCAUGAGAACACAUGUGAGUUUAUGAUGGUCCGUUGUGCCAACAAAUCCUGCGAGGCCACAUGUCGGAAACGAGAGAUCGAAGAGCACAAGAAAGUCUGCAUCUACAACACUUGCUGUCAUAACAAUAAAGGUUGCGAAUUCCAGGGCCGACUUGAAGACGUAGAGAUACAUCAGACCACGUGUGGAUACCGGUCACUACCGAGGACAGACAACAAUCCUGCACUAGUACAGAAGACAGUUGAAUUAGAGGCAUCUAACACAGAGCUGGUGAAGCAGGUAACGAGCCUUAACAUGCGGGUGGGACAGUUGGAGGAGACCAACACUGCACUACAUGGGCAACUCGGGGACUGCCUUAAAUCACUACGAGACCUAAAUCAAAAGUAUGACACCGUAGUUUCCUCUUUGGAACAGCUGGUCGCUGUUAGAAACCGGAGGACAGUGGGGUCGUCAGGAGGUCAAGGUGAUGGUCGUCCAAGGUCAGCAUCUUCUGGUCUUUAUCAACAAUAUCGACAAGGAUCAUUUCGCCACUCCCUUUCUGGUAGCCCACCAUCAAGCAUGAGGUUGGAACGCUGGAACAUGCCCUUUCAGUUCAAAUGUAUCGGCACACUCAGGGGACACCAGGAUGUUGUCUGGUGCAUGGCUUCACGAGACAAGAAGCUGUACACUGCAGGAAAAGACCGUUCUGUCAAAGUCUGGGACCUAGAAAACCUGCAGCGGGGCUGUAUCAAAACCAUCCAGGGACAUAGUGAUACUGUACAGUGCAUGUGUGUGGGCAGUAACAAUUUAUACACAGGGGGCCAUGACAACUCAAUCUACUGCUGGAGUCUGGAAGACCACACCCUUGUCAAGUCUGUUCAGGGUGCCCAUGACAACAUUAUCUGUGCCAUGGCGAUAGUUGGAGAGUUCCUGUUCACUGCCUCAUUCUCUCUCAUUAAGGUGUGGGAAGUUAAGACGUUGACCUUGAAACACACACUCACUGGCCUGCACCACUGGGUCCGAGCCCUUGCCCUAAACCCUGACAGGGACAAGCUGUACAGUGGAUCGCACAACACCAUCAAUAUCUGGAGCAUUACGGAACCAUUCUCCCUUAAGGGGAAGGUGGAUCACCAGUUUGGCUCAAUUUACUCUUUGGCAAUCACCUCAAAAUACAUCAUUGCUGGCACAUAUAACAGGAACAUUCAUGUAUUCAGCGCAAGUACAUAUGAACAUGUGAAUGCCAUGAAGGGUCAUAUCGGGGUCGUUAUGAGUCUCUUUGUGUCCCCCUGUGAAGGGUUUUGUUUCUCAGGAUCAUCCGACUCAAGUAUCAAGAUCUGGAAUCUGGAGAACAUGUUGCCAAUCCAGACAUUACAGAGGCACGAGGGCAGCGUGAAUACACUUAUUGUACACGGAGACUUCCUUUUCUCCGGCUCGGAGGAUAAAGAAAUCAAGGUGUUUAUGUACUUCCAAAUGCAGAUGGGAUUUGCUGUGAAUACCUAGCAGUCCUUCGUCAAGAUGAUCACCAAUCAUAAAUACAUGUGCUUGUCAUGGCAGAUGAAAGCUGUUGUUGAAACCGUUUAAUUGUAUUUUCAAAAAUUUGAUAUGAGCCUAAGUAUGAGAUUUAUUAUCUGCUCAUUAUUCUAUAUUAUAAGUUACGGGGUAAUAUGGGAUAUACGGGCCAAAGAAAUUCAUAUAGAGUGAAAGCGAAAAUUGAAAACAGAAAAAAGAAGCCCCUAUGGUACUAUAUUAAGAUAAGUGACCCACUAUGGAAAUAUAUCUGGACACAGGUGAUGAGUCCCGGACCAAUGGUGUUACAUCAUUCCUGUUUGAGGUGUGAUAUGAGUACUCAUGUGGUUGCAUCAAGAUGGUUUUAUUUUAUCGUUUUAUAUCUACUAAACUGUAUUUUGUAGUAACUUUUUUCGGUGCUGGCCACCAAAUUUGAUAUUUUCAUUUGAUUUCAAAUAUUUCCUUGAUAUUUGUGUAAAUGUUAAUAUGAAUGUACAUGCACUUACAGAAUAAACAUGUGUUUUUUAUAAACAGGUCAAUUGAACAGUGCAUAUGUAUCAUAUUUUUAGACCCACAGUUUUUGUUGUUAAAUUUGUAGUUUGGCCUUUUUGAUGUCAUUUUACAAUAUUGUACAUAUUAUAAAUUAGGAUAUCCUCUUUUUGAAAUGUUUCAAUCAUUCUUGAAUAUUUAUUGCACGUUCCACAUACUUCUGAGCUCAGAUUUUGGUUGUCAGCAAUUUUGUUUUUCUUCAUAAUGUAAUCAAAAUUUGCUGAAAUGUUUAAACCGCAAACCCGCUUUAUAAGGGAAAAUAUAUUUUUUCUUACAAUCAAUAAAAAGUUUCAAUAAAUAUUUAGUUGUAGAAAAAUGAGAAUUUCAAAAUUCACAGUGUCCGUUGCCUGAUGAAAAAAAUCAUUUUCUCCAAAUCCAUAACGCUAUAAUGCUCUGUUUCAUUGAGUGAUGUAGUGUAAACGGAAUAAAGCACUGGUGUUGCAGAUGGAUGCAGUAUAUGGAACACUCAGUAUUAAAUGUAUCAAGUCUUAUUUUAAAACAUUCCAAACUUUAUGAUUGCUGUACAUUAUAUAUAAUAUUUAACUGUUUUUGCAUAAUAAUUAUUACAUAUUUAAAUAAACCAUAAUAAAAUC